AUGUCUCCCUGUCCUCCUGGCUGCUGCUGUCCUCACCCAGGACUUCUGGUUCUGUGCGAGUCUCUGGAUCUCAGGUCACUUCCUCGCUCUGUCCCUCUCCGCACCUCGGCUCUAUCUGUGGCCAGAAACCGGCUGUGUAACGUGGACCACCUGCUCCGGCCCUUCUCCAGCCUCCAGGAGCUCAGUCUCAGUCAUAACAUGCUGGCCCGCUUCCCCCGUGGCCUGCCUCCCAGCCUGGAGUCCCUGCAUCUGCAAGAGAACCGUAUCACUUACAUCACCGCAGGUGCCCUGAGGCAGCUGGGAAACCUCACUCGUCUGGAUCUGGAGGACAAUCGCAUCCGUGCCAUCCAGCCCGGGGCACUUCAGGGUCUUAACAAGCUGCAGGUCUUGACACUGAAAGGGAACAAGCUUUCAAGCCUCCCUCAGAAUCUCCCUCCAUCACUCACCCAUUUAGACCUCUCAGCUAACUGCAUCUCUGCCCUGGACCUGCCCUCGCUGUCCGCCCUGGUCAACCUGCAGGUCCUGAGGAUCAACAGCAACUGCCUGCGCUCAGUCCCGGACAGCGCCUUCGACAGCCUGCCGCGUCUCAGAUCUGUGGACCUCACCGACAACAUGUGGGUAUGUGAGUGCGACAUUCUGUACCUUUACCGCUGGCUGCUGAGUGGUAGGCUAAAGAUGGCCACAGACUUGGUGUGCACCGAGCCUGACCACCUCGCUCACCGUCUGCUUCUGAACCUCUCCGUCAUGGCUAUCUGUCCUCGUGUCCUGAAGCCAAAUGAGAGGACGCGCCAUCUGAACCUUAACUCUGCACUGGAGAGAAAGCUGGAAAUGCUGACAGUGGAGCCGACAGCACAAACCUCAUUUGAAAACAAGAUGAAUGUGGGAGACUUGUCAGAGCAAAUAUCAAAAGAAACUGUUGCACUCUUUUCCAAAGAUGUUCCUGAGACUCGUGUAUUACUGGAACACUACACUUUAGAGACCCUCACCUAUGAGGAGUGUUUAUUCCUAAAUAAAACACAAUCUGUGAGCCCAUCCCAUUUAAAAACUACUAGUUCUCUUCCUGACGAGGAACAGAAAUGCAGAGAUAACGUCACAGGUCAGCACCCUCAGAGUAAUGCGACCUCUGCUGAGGGGACACGGUCUUUGCUUUCUACAAACAGAGAUGCAGCCUGGCCCACUCCCGUCCCACAACCGUUCACACAACAAGACUCUGCAGUGGUCAUCUCUCUACUUGCUGUGUUAUGUGUAUUAGUAGCUCUACUAAUGUUGGCAGUGGUGCUGGUAUUAAAACAGGUACUUCUGCGCCAACAGAGGGUGGCUCCGCUUGAUGCAGGAUCUGGUGGAUGA